CCCUUGCACUCCCACACUAUCAUUCCUUACCUUUCAGACUCUCCUAAAACUAAAAAGGAACCUAGAAACCUUAAAUAAAGCUGUUUGGUCUUCUACAUUCUUCACUCUUUCUUCUCUCUCUCUCUCUGUAUGGUCAGUCUACACAGUUUAUAGUCCCCUCUCCCCUGUGUGGCUGUGUGCUGUGAUUUUGCCUUUUCCUUUUAAAUUUUCUUUUGUUUUAGAAGCGGGGCCCUGGGCCUGCAAAUCCAGCAAACCCCAACUAGGUUAUUAUUAUAUAUCUUCGCGACGCAGCAACCGCUAUCACUCGCGCCUUCAAAACCCUUCUCGACUUUUUCGUGAUUUUCGGUCUUUAAUUUUAGGGCUUCAGAUAUGGCAGAGGACUUGGACGACGGAGAGUUUUGGCUUCCUUCUCAGUUUCUCACUGACGACGACAUACUCAUGGACUUGAAUAAUUUCCGCAGCAACAAGGGUUUUGCUACUGAUGUCGAUGCACCCGCGGCCUUCUUUCCUUGUGACUUCCCUCCUCAUCCCUUUCCUCGCCAUGGUUCUCCCACCGCUCUCAGCUCCCCUGUUGAGUCGCUCGUUGGUUCUACCGAGACCGAGAGUGAUGAGGAGGACUACUUGGCUGGCCUAACCCGCCAGAUGGCCCAUUCCACGCUCCAAGACGAUGACAAAACUGUCGCUCCUGCCUUUGGUUCUGAGAACAACAAGACAUGGGCUAUGGCUGGUUCACCUCAAUCGACUCUCUGCACAGUCGGAAGCUGGUCUGGUCGCAGUGGGGGCUCGAGCCGUGGGAGCCCCAACGGCCCUUCCCAGGUUUCCUCACCCCCAUCGACGCCGCUGAAUGGGAAAGAUGAUGCCUGGGAUCUGCUCAACGCUGCGGCGGGGCAGGUCGUGAGGAUGAAGAUGAACGAUGAUGAGGUGCCCAAUAACCAUCAUCAAGGACGAGGAGUUCUGGGUCCACCUCGAAAGCCUUCUCCAGUACCUGUUCCGGUGAAGACCCCUACUGUUAGUGCCGGAUUCUACUCAAAUCAAGUUUUUACUCACCAGCAGAUGCAGUCUAAUCAAUUUCAACAGCUGAAACGGCAACAACUGAUGAAGCAACAGUUCUCUGCCGUUUGGGGAAGACCAGGGAAGAUAGCUGGGGCCACUCAUCAGCCGCAAGCACCGCAGCAGCAACAACUGCAAAAUAGAUCUAGGGCUGCCGGAUUUGGUAACGGUAGAUACGGUGGUCGCCCUCUGGGCUUAUCUUCAUCUGCGUGGCCGCCUCUGCAGCAGCAGCCUCAAGCUGGUUCGGGUAUGAGAGCUGUUUUCCUUGGAGUCUCCGGUACAAGAAGGGAGUGUAGUGGAACCGGUGUCUUCUUGCCUCGAAGGAUAGGUAACCCAGCUGAAUCCCGGAAAAAACCAGCGUGUUCGACAGUUCUACUUCCUGCAAGAGUGGUGCAGGCCUUGAAUUUGAACUUCGACGAUUUGGGUGCUCGUCCACGCAUCCAUGGAGUUUUUGCCGCAACUGAAAAUGUUGGUAUUGCAGAUCCGGUGACUGCUCGGAGUAAUGCCUCCUUGUCUCAAAAGAAGAUGAGCUACCGCCCUCAGGGAUCUAUUAACCAUGAGAUACGCCUCCCCCAAGAUUGGACGUAUUGACGAGUCCAAUUACAACAGUUUUACUAAUCCACUACUGAUGUUGCAGUUAUGCUGGAAAGAAAAGAAAAGAUUAUGAAAGGAAUAAUGUAGAAAAUGAAGAAAGAAGAAAAGAGGGAAGUUUAGGAGUUGAUUAUAGUGAAAUUUUACUUUUGAUUGGGGAAAAAAAGAUAUUACUGAAGAAGAAGAAAUGGUUUUUUGUUAUAGCUAGUAGGGGAAACAAAUAAAUACGAGUCUGUAUACAGUUUUUUGUUGUUUGGCUACGAAGGGGGAGGACGAGGGCGUUUUUUUUCCUCCUGUUUUUUCCUUUUUUGAGCUUUGAAAAUAAGUCAGUGAAGUGGGAAGUGGGUUUAAUUUCCUCUGUUCUGAGGUUAAAUAUUUUUUGAUGUAAUACCAGAGUGGGGGGAAGGAGAAGAAAUAGAACCAAAGGUGGGCAUCUUCCUUUUUUUUUUAUAUUUUGGUAGAUGUCACAAGAUGCCCCAUCCCACACCUCCCCUCCACUCUACCGUGGCCGGAAAAUUUAAUAAUGAUAUACAAGAAAUGUUCCCUCUA